ACCAUAGAAGAAGAUUUUGGGCGGAGUAAACACUAAUGCUUCGCCUCUUCCUAUGUUUGUCAACAGUUGCCACUUCCACAAAGUCAUAAACCCUGCCUAUUUCUAUAAUUUAUCUUCUUAAAAUGUGAUGUUAAACCAAACUGUUAACUCUAACUAAUUGUUGUUUUCAUAGAUUUUAACGAUACAGCUAAUUUUGAGGCAGUGGUAACCUUCCUUUCAGCAAACCCCACAUUUCCCAUCAGCCACCACAAUAUUCACAGGCGCUCCAUUGAAGGUAUUUCUCAUUUUGUACUAAGGACUAACCACUCAGUUAAACGUUAGAUUAAAAGCUUCGCAAUGUCCGAGCUUUUUAUGGAAUGUGAGGAAGAGGAGCUGGAGCCAUGGCAGAGACAGACACCCGAAGUUAAUUUGUUGGGCGACGGUAAACAUGAUGACGACGACGAUGAACCUAUAUUUGUUGGGGAGCUUAGUACUUCAAAGGGCACCAUUAUUAACACCAGACCAACAAACAACCAAAGAAAUGUGAAGACCACCCCAGUUCAAAGUGGUGGAGUUGGAAGACCAAGAGCCCCUAGGAUGAUAAUGACACACAACUCCCCCCAAGCUCAUCUCACUCGGGGUCCAGUUCCUCACAACAUCAUAAUUCCUGGGAAAGGGUUGAACAAUGCAUCUCGACCCUUAACAGCAGUGCCACCACAGCCCAUCAUUAUCAACAACCAGGGUUACAUUAUGACCACACCACAGUUAUCGGCCAACUCAGCUUUCCUUGCUUCCCUUGGGAAGCAGUAUCCCCCUGGGACAUCUUUCACUGUGGUUCCAGCAGGCCAGCAGCACAUUCUGCAGCAGAUGACUCCAGCAGCAGGCCAGCAGCACAUUCUGCAGCAGGUGACUCCAGGGAAGCUUUUACCUGGGGUUAUCCACAGGCCUCAAGUGCACAUGAUCCACAACAACGUAGUGACCUUGUCCAAUGUGCAGGGCCCCGCUGCAUUGUCUUCCCAGCCCAACCGCUCAAAUUCUACCAACCUCCAGAUUGUGUCCCCAGUUAUUCAAGCCAAAGGCAACAGCUGGGACUAUGGCAAACGAGGUUUACCUCAAGACCAAAACAGCACAGCUAAAAAAGCAAAGCAGGGCAUAGGGUCUCCCCACACCCAGGAGAUAUUAGAAAAUGGUGCACGUUUUUGUAAAAAAUGUCCAAAGUGUAAAUUUGAUUUCUACCAACAAGCUGUCAUGAAAGACCACAUGGUGAAAUGUUGUCCUCACCUGUUGGAGUGUGUCUUCCCCUCAACCCCAAAGUCUACUUACCUUUUUGCAAGCAAGCGCAUCAUGCUUGUCACAGACUUCUACUAUGGUAGAUUUGAGGGAGACAAACCAAAAUCGCAGCAGCAUAAGACCCCAUUUACCUAUAAGUGCCAGAGCUGUUUGAAAGUACUCAAGAACAACGUCAGGUUCAUGAACCACAUGAAGCACCAUCUGGAGCUGGAGAAGCAGAACAGUGAGAGCUGGGAAAGCCACACUACCUGCCAACACUGCUACCGGCAGUACUCAACCCCAUUCCAGCUGCAGUGCCACGUUGAGAGUGCCCACAGCAUGGUCGAAUCUUCAACCAAUUGCAAGAUAUGUGAAUUAGCCUUCGAGUCUGAGCAAGUGCUCCUGGAACACAUGAAGGACAACCACAAGCCUGGCGAGAUGCCCUAUGUCUGCCAGGUGUGCAACUACCGGUCUUCAUUCUUUACCGAUGUGGACACACACUUCCGUACGGUGCAUGAAAACACAAAGGAUCUCCUUUGUCCGUUCUGCCUUAAAGUUCUUAAAAGUGGUCAUGUCUACAUGCAGCACUAUAUGAAGCAUCAGAAAAAAGGAAUUAAUCGUUGCGGGAAAUGCAGGCUGAAUUUCCUCACCUACAAGGAGAGAGUGGAUCACAAGACUCAGCACCAUAAGACUUUCCAAAAACCCAAAGCUCUGGAGGGCCUUCCUCCUGGAACCAAGGUGACUAUCCGGGCCUCUCUGACCGGGCCAUCUCCCAGUUCCACCCAUGCUGCUGAAAAAUCCAGUGUCAGUGUCAUACCAGAGGUCUCAGGCAUGAAGGUAGCCAAAGUAAAAGCUCAGAGUAGUUCAUCUACCACACAGGGCAGCAGUGGGGGUAAAGGCAAGGCCACAGUGAGCAAGAAGCUCCUUAAGCAGCAGAAGAACAACCAUGUGUUGCAGAGUCUCAGUAUUGGCGAAAGAAGACACACCUGCAUUGAGUGCUACUCUGAGAUUUAUGACUUCUAUAGUCACUAUCCCAUGGUUGCAAUUUGUGGUGCAUGCAAGUAUCGGACAAGUUGCAAAACUUCAUUUGGAAACCAUAUGAUAAGGUUCCAUAGUGCAAUCUCAAAAGAGAGAUUCCGGAAAAUGAGGAAAAUCCCAGUUGUCCUAAGGAAUUUAACCCUUGUCUGUCUGAACUGUGACUUCCUGGCGGAUGCGCAUGGAACUGACCUCAUGAGCAAGCAUUUGAUUGACAGACCACACCACGUCUGUAAGGUCAUUCUAGAGAAAGGAGAAGGUUGUACUGUAGAUGACGGCAUUAGAGGAAAUAAGCAAGGGAUGUCUGCUCUGAUGUUCCCUGAUAUCCAGAACGCUGAAACUGCCACAGUGAGUGGCGCUUUUGAACAAUUGCACAGCAUUCCCAGAUUGGAGGAGACCUCCAAUGUCUUGUGUAUCACCCCAGCUGCUGAAAGAGGGGAUGGGCCAGAGGCUUCAAUGAGCCAGUGGCGCAACAUGAAGCACAGUCAGCAGCAGAGGGUGAUCUCGGAAUUUCGACGGCAGGAGGAGCAACGAGAAGACCAGACAAAACGCAUCACUAAGGACAGACAAAUGCAAGCCAAUCUAAUGAGUGAGGAGAGACUUGAAAAGAAGCGAUACCUACGCAAGGUGCAAGACGAGCUGCACGAAAGCCAAAUUGAGGAUGCUCUCAUCAAGGCAGAGGAGGUGAGAAUAUACAAGGAAAAGCAACUGCAACAAGAGGAGAGAAUGGCACAAGAACUGGCCCGCAUCAGCUAUGAAAAGCUUAGAGAUGAAAAAAUGAGGCAAUAUAUAAAAGAGAACAGUGUUGAACUCCGUGAGUUGGAGGGGCAGCUCAAGUCUGCAUACCUAAACCGGGAGAGGGCCGCACAGAUUGCUGAAAAGGAGUCUAUGAGAUAUGAGACAGUGCGUCAGGAGGCUGAUAUUGCUCGUAAGAUGAAGAGCGAGCAUGAGCGGGCCUCUAUGGAGCAGGAGAAGCAAGAACAUAAGCGCUACGAGGAGGUGGUGCAGUACCAGCAGGAGCUGGAACAGCAGCUGGAGGAGAAAGAGCACAAGAGACAGGAGGCUUAUGAGGAGUUCCUCAAGGAGAAACUCAUGGUUGACGAAAUCGUCAGGAAGAUCUAUGAGGAGGAUCAAAUGGAGAGGCAGUUAAGACUGGAAAAGAUAACAGCCACUCAAAGGUACAUAGAGGAGUUCAAGAGCCAGCAGACUGAGUGGAGACUGAUGGAGCGGGAGAAGAUGGAGGCUGAGAACAGACGCAUCCUGGAAUUUGCCAGUUACCAGCAGCAUAAGGAAAAGAGCAGAAUGGAGAAAGUCAGAGAACGAGAGCAGGCAAAAGAACAUCUUCACCAGAUGCUCACUGAGAAGAUUGAAAUGGAGAGGCAGCAGCGUGACGAGAUGGAGCGUGUUCGUGAAGAGCUUUGUCUGGAGGAGCAAGCCGAGGCUGCAAGGCAGAAACAAAUCGAAGAUAUGGAGAAGAGAAUCAGACAGAGGCUGGAGUUGCAGCAGACCUGCCAAGAGCAAAUAGCCUUCAAGGAAAUGCGGAGGCAGGCUGAGAAGGUGGAGGAGGAGGCCUUCAGGCAGAUGAUGAUGGCCAAGUUUGCUGAGGACGACCGCAUAGAGCAGAUGAAUGCCCAGAAACGUCGCAUGAAGCAGCUUGAGCACAAGAGGGCUGUGGAGAAACUGCUGGAGGACAGGAGACAGCAGUACCUGGCUGACAAGGAACGUGAGGCUGAAGAAAGAGCAAUGGAACAGGAGAGGGAGACACUGCGUCGACAGAUAAUUGAGGAGGAAAGGCAAAGCCUUCUCAAACUCCAUGCCACAAAACUUCUGGGCUAUCUACCUAAGGGCAUAUUCCGGGAAGAUGACCUUGAACACUUUGAUGAGGACUUCAGAAGCAAUUUCCAAAAGCGACAGGCUGACAUCUUUGAUGAAGAGGGCUGGGGAGAUGAUGAAUAACCACUUUCUAUACUACACCACUAGAUGGCAUUAUUGGGUAGAUGCUGUCUAGUGUGUUUUUUGUGUGUAUCAAAUGGUGGAUUUCUUAUGGCGAUGGUGUACUCUAAAAUGUAUUAAGUUGCAAAGACUCAUUUGUAUCCCACUAGCUGCAUAUCACCACACCUUAAAUCCUAUCAUGGAGGUGCAGCAAUUUUCAGUUGAAGUCACUUGGUAAUCAACAAAAACUACACCAUUUCCUUUAUUAGGUGAUAAUGCAACUACAGUUUAAAAUGAUUUAACCCAUUAUUGUAAUAAAAUGCUAAACUUUUAAAAUA